AAGACAGAGACACACAGAGACGGACAAGACAGAGACACACAGAGAGGCACACACAGAGACGGACAAGACAGAGACACAGAGAGGCACACACAGAGACGGACAAGACAGAGACACACAGAGAGGCACUGCGGCCGAGCGAGGGGUUCCCUUGUGGUUGCCGGGGGAGAGAGGCAGCGCGCCAUGGAUCCGUUCCGCAGGGCAGCCCAGGAGGAGUUGGACGAGAGGCCCCUCACGAUGGACGAGGACGACGACGAGGAGGACGAGCAGGAGGACGAAGAGAUGCGAAGCGACCUGGCGGGGCCUGCGGUGAGAGGCUCCUAUUCUCGGGUCGAGCCACAGCUGAGCCUCUCUGAUCCGCAAGCCAGGCCAGAAGAGGGGGACGACGCCGCGAGGGUGGUGGAUGGCACACGGAGCGUGCUGAGCCUCAAGGCCGUGCGUGCCCUGCUGGGCCUGGUAGCCGUUCUCGCCAUCGCGUUUGCCGGUGUGCUCGCCGCUCUCGUCGUCAACAUCAAGGGCAAGGUGCCGCCGCCCGUGUGCCUGACUGACGUGUGCGUCAACGACGCGAGGCUCAUGCUCAACUCUAUGGAUCCCACUGUCGAGCCGUGCCAGGACUUUUACGCGUACGCGUGCGGCGCAUGGCAACCCAAUGAGCGGUUGCCCGGGGGUACCGCCAGCUGGAAUCAACGCAACAUCACAUGGAACGGAAACCUCAAGUUCCUGCGCGACAUCUUGGAAAAUGCCACCUUCUCCGCUGAUCAGUCGUCAAACACCGACGCACAGACGUUCUACCGCGCGUGCAUGAACCAGGGGCGCAUCGCCGAGCAGGGCGCCCAGCCCCUGCGCGACCUCAUGGACGGGCUCGGCGGCUGGAUUCCGACACCCAACAAAACCACGAAUCUCACCGAGUUGCUGACCAACACCACCCUAAACUUCCUGCUGCCAGCGCUCUUCAGUGCCCAAGUGGUGCAGAGCGGCUCCAAGGAUAAGCUCUUUCUAGAGCUUUCUCCCCCGGAGCUUGGGCUUCCCUCGGAGUACCUGACGAGCAACGCGACCCAGCAAGCCCUCAAGGUGCGGGCCAUGUAUCUGCACUACAUGGUGCGCUCGGCCGUGCUGCUGGGCCAGAGCCUAGGGGAUGCGCAGCAGCACAUGCAGAAGGUGCUGAGCUUCGAGUCGACGCUGGCCACCAUCGUGGCCCGGACUCGGGACUCUGCCGAGCCCAGCGAAGUGACGUUGGAUCGCUUGCAAGCCAUUGCUCCAUUCAUCAACUGGCAAGCAUAUCUACACAAUGGAAUACCAAGCGGCUUUCCUCAGUCUGCGGGGCUCCUAGUCUCCUCCACAGCUUACUUCGGAAACCUCACCACGCUCCUCAACCACACGGACGCUACCGUCGUGAGCGGCUACGUGCUCUGGCGGCUGGUGCAAGCGAUGUCCCCCGCGAUGGACGACAGCUUCAGCACCCCUCACCGACUGCUGCAGGACGCCGUGGUCAACGCCCAGACGAAUUACAGUGCGGCACGCUGGGAGUUCUGCAUGGAGAAGACGAACUGGGCCAUGCCCUACGCCCUCGGCGACAUCUUCUUCUUCGCGACGCGCAACGAGCAGACCACCGAUGAUGUGAAAGAAGUCAUCAACAAUGUUCGCGUCUCGUUCCAAAACACUCUGACGACGCUGACCUGGAUGGACAACAAGACGCGAGACGAUGCCCGGGACAAGGCGAGCGAGAUGAAGCCCUUGGUUGGAGCUGAGAAUAAAUUUAGUGACCCAGGCUGGAUCAACAGCUUUUACGCUCAGAUCACACCGGAUGAGAGCUCUUUCUUUGACACGAUGGUGAACUACUACAAGUACCUGGCCAAGAGAUCACUGGAGCAGCUGUCUUUAGGCUUGAACACCAACUGCAACCUCUUACCACCGCAGGAGGUGGACAGUCGUUACCUCUACACAGACAACCGGAAUAAGCUGUUCGUCCCCAUGGGGAUUCUACAGCCACCGUUCUACUACCUCCAGCAGAAGAGAUAUCUGCAGUAUGGAGCCAUUGGGUCCGUCAUUGCCAGAGAGUUUCUGCAUGGGUUCUAUGGUGAAGGGAGCCAGUAUGACGCGAGCGGCGUCCACAAGCUGUGGUGGAGUAACGCGACGUGGAAGAAGUUUGAGGAGCGGGCGCGCUGCCUGGAGCAUCAGUACGGGAACUACUCGAGCGGCGGGCUCAACGUGAACGGCACGCGCACGCUGGUGGAGAACGUCGCCGACAACGGAGGCCUCGACACCGCCCUGCAUGCCUAUGAGGACUGGAUCACCAAGAACAGAGAGGAGCCACAGCUGCCCUUCCUCGGCCUGAAUGCUCGACAGACGUUUUUCGUCAGCUUCGCACAGUCCCUGUGCUCCGCGGAGACGCCGGAGCACCUGCGGGAGACGCUGGCGACAGCCCCCACCAGCCCGUCUCGCUUCCGUGUGCUGGGAGCCCUCUCCAACUCGCCCGAGUUCGCCAAGGCCUUCACCUGCCCCCAGGGCUCCGCCAUGAACACGGGGAAGAAGUGCCGCGUGUGGUGAAGGCGCCCGUGGGAACGGACAGCAGCGGCUGCGGGAGCGCCGUGCCGUUCCGACACGGCAUGUCUGCUUCGAGUCGCCUUGCUGUUGCCACUCGGUCCAACGAGCCCAGACCAGAUAUAUUACUUGUCGGUACCACCUGAAGCAGCAGAGCUUCCGUGGGUUCCAAUUUGUGUGCCCAAUGACUGAAGUGAUAACAAUUCGUAAUGAGUGGGUUAUCAAAUAAUUCACUCGUAUUGGCAAUAUAAAAGCGUUGGCAUGUUACCUUGGGUGGUACAAAUUUUUUGUUCUGGUCCGUGGAUUAACACUGAACCCAUUUCGAUUGGUUAUAAUUAACCGUCUUUGUGGGGUAUUGCACAUAUCAAGAGAUUCAACACAGACGGCCAAUCGUGCCAAUACAAUUGGCUUAAGCGUGUUACUUCGAACCUAAUUAGGAAAUGCUCUUUUAUGCGAGCAGUCAUUUUUAUACUGAUUCUUGUGUUGAAAACAAAACACAUUCGAUAACUUUUAAAGAAAUGCAAUAGGGGCACUGAUUGUUCCCUCGGUUGGAUGACGUCUUCGAGCGCCGUUGACCCCUAACCCCGUUGAACUGGCACGGCUUCCCCGCUCCCCGACCACAGCAGUGUGCCUUCCGCGCCAGCACUCUGUUCGCAGCUACAGCUCUUGGACAUGAUGCGUCGUAGAGGCUUCGCUGUCGUUUUCCCCGAGAGCAUUUUAUCCGAUUUUUUUGGAAGUUAAUAUGUAGAUGCACAUCAACGUUUUUGUUAUGUUAACGUAGCUGUAGUCAAGUUUUAAUGCUCUUUAAUAUAAGGUGUAAAAUUUACGAUAAUUUGCUAAAUAUUUAGUGAGUUGAUUACACGCAAACUGUGUUCUCAAACUGUGCUUUAAACGUCGAUGCUGUCACAGAUUCGAUUGGCUGGUACACACAUCACCCCCACGAGUCAUAGGGCAUCGAUUUUGUUUGGGACAGGAGGAGGGUUUUUGGCAAACAGGAGGGAAGUGGAGCAUUGCGUAGGCUUCCCACGGUCGGUCAUUGGACCCCAGAUAUUCGGUCGUGGGUCGACGCUGCCCCAAGGAUUGCCUGAGGACCAAGGGGACCAAUGGUUGGAGGCAGCGCGCGCACAUUGGCCUUACUUGGUGGUGGUGUAGUCGUAGUUGUUGCUGCAUGUGAACGGUACGUUUCAUCAGUUUUAUUUAGUUUUUAUUUGUUAUCUUUGUCAUUGCUGGAUAAUCGUUUAGUCGCCUGUGUUUCACUCGUUUGCUUUGGUUUGUUGUGUUAAGAAAUGUUUCAAAACCAGCACCUUAAGUGAGCAGCCCCGCGCCCAAUUACUCCCAACAACAUCCUCGCCAUGGACAGCAACCCCAACGAUAACCACAUACUGGUUAUCCGCACCGUCACCAUUGGAGUCAUCGCCAUUAAAAUGCUGUAGGGUUUAUCGAAUGAGUUCUGAAUUGUCAAGUAACCUGCGUAAGACCGUAAGCCCUUGUCGUGAUCGCUGGCCGAGCCGGGAGCUCGCCGUCACGUGAUCAAUGUGGCGCGCUGCUCAUUAAACAGCAAAGCUCGAGUGCGAUCGCUCUUAAAGGGUGGAAACGACUUUGAGAGCGCGAGCACGGGGAAGGCUCGGUAGGGAGAGCGAGCUGGAGGGGGUACGGAGGAAAUGAAGGGACGACCCCACUAUCGACAGACCCCCCAGGGCUGCUGCUAGACGGGUGCAUCAAGUUUACCCGCUAAUUGUACGAAUGUGAACAUUCCCUGGGGCCCGUUCACAUGUCCACUGCUCACGACUUGUGGCUGAGCUUGGCCUUGCCACCAUCGUCCAGGGAUGAUGCAUCGUGGACGGGCUGGAUGGGGAAUGCAUUCCGGGCAGUGUUGCAUCUGCAGAGCGAAGUUUGUCGGUCCCUCUGAGGGUUUUCUUGUGGUCUGCCAUUUAGAGAAGCACACUUACUGCACACGGUAUCUGAUUCCUGACAAGAGAGCGGAUUUUGGAUGGUGAUAUGUGGCCCUUUGGGUUUACAUUAAAUGUAGAGUUGCUAGACGAUGCAGCGGUAAAGUUAAAGAUUAUAUUCUGAGUAAAGCAUGUUUUGUGAAAUGUCCCAUUUUUGUUGAAAACCUGCACUUUGAAUAUGUUUUCAGAUGUUAGACUUGCUCAGCUGCAACGUUGUGUAGCUUUUAAUGCCACUUGUGUAUCGUGUUUUUGCGCUCCCUGUCAUCAACAUGCAAAGAAUCAUGCCACUACUGGAGAGUGUGCAGACAUUGAACUGAACUUUGACAAGUCUCACACUGCUAUUCUCGAUGACAGAGCUUCUUGCACUAUGUGGAAACCAUAGUCUGCUGUACCUCUGCUCACGGUAGCUUGUCGCCUGCUGCUCAUGUACUGUACGUUGCAGUUCUUUCGCGCCGUACGUAGCCAACUGUGCUAAUUGGAGAUGUGGAGGAAAGACAACAAAAUGAUUUUGAUCAAAUCAACACGCAAUGUCAGUCUAAUUUCAAACGUAGGAAAUGAAAAUUGACACGUGCUCGGCAAUCACCGCCGCCUCCUGGGAAACGAAUGCUACGCGCCGAGUCACGCCGUGCCGCACAGGGACAGCUGCCCACGGGGAGAUUUGCACUCUGAGACGCGUCGUUACACGAGAGAGAUGCGAAUGCUCGUUCGUUCGUUCAUUCGUCAUAAUGUAGUGACGACCACUAAAGUGUCUCGCGCAAAUGUCUCUUGACGUUCUACGGCGUGAUCCUGAGAGACUUGGAGACGCCCUGAACCCUCCCAAUGGG